CUCAACUCGAAGAGGUGAAGCCGCAGAGAGGGGCGCGGGGAGCCACCGACGCGCAUGCGUCAAGCUCGUUUUACCGAGACCGAGACGAUCCCUCCCUCUCUCAGUUGAUUUACAGCCGUCGCGGGUGUGCGCUGCGUCGUCAUGCACCGCUCGCCAACUUUCGCGAUUAGUGAUGUGAUACGAUAUCGAAAUGUGGAUACCAAAUAUUAUUAGGUAUUAUUGACUGUGUGUCCGAAUGGACCGGAAGUGAAACCUUUUGUGAACUAUAUGUUACAGUGAAUGCAUUCUUUGAAACUUUUUUUGGAUUGGUAUCAAAAUGAGGUGGUUCAUAGUGACAAUGAGUGUAAUGAUGUGGGAAAGAACUUUAGCUGGCAUUGCACCACCCGGAUCUUGUCCAGUUGUGUGUGCAUGCAAGUGGAAAGGGGGAAAACAGAGUGCGGAGUGCGUGGAUAGGGCGCUUAUUACCGUUCCAGAGCUAGUAGACCCAGCAACUCAGGUCCUAGACUUGUCUGGAAACAAUUUACAGAUACUACCACAAGAAGCUUUUGCAAGAACGGGAUUGGUUAAUUUACAAAGAGUUUAUCUUCGAAAAUGUAGUAUUGGCCAAAUACACGAUAGAGCCUUCAAAGGCUUAACAAAUUUAGUAGAAUUAGAUCUUUCGCAUAACUUACUCACUCAAAUACCUUCAAACAGUUUUAAGGAUGCUCCAUUCCUACGGGAUUUAAUGUUGUCACAAAAUCCAAUUUUAAAAGUACACUCAGACGCAUUGAGCAAUCUUGGAAGCGUUGUCAAACUCGAUUUGUCAAGAUGCGACAUUAGAGAAAUCGCCUCAGACGCAUUUAGACAUUUACGCUCGCUGGAAUCUUUAAAAUUGGACUACAAUAAACUCAGAGACUUGCCACUGAAUUCAUUAGAAAAAAUUGAAAAACUGCGAGCUAUCGAUUUAUCAGAUAAUCCUUGGACUUGCGACUGUCGACUUCGAGAGCUUAAGCUAUGGUUAGCAAAACAUAAGUUAUUAUCUACUCCUAGUUGUUUUGCUCCAACACGGUUAGCCAACCGACCAUUUGCAGAGUUACCAAUUGAUGAGUUUGCAUGUAAGCCGGAAAUAUUACCGGUAAGCCGACACGUCGAGGCUAAAGUGGGGGAAAAUGCCACUAUAACUUGUAGAACGGAAGCAAUGCCUAGUGCAACUAUAAACUGGUAUUACAAUGGCCGAUUACUUCAAAAUGGAAGCAAUUUCAACUCUCAUCAAAGAGUCUAUGUAUUUGAAGAAGGUGAUUUAAAAAAGAAGUCGUCGUUAAUUUUGACAAAUACACAAGAAACUGAUUCGACUGAGUUUUAUUGUGUAGCUGAGAAUAAAGGGGGCAAUGCAGAAGCUAAUUUCACAGUUCACGUUUCUCAUAUGGCGGCAGGAAUGGCUUCAUUGGGAAGUGCACAAAUAGCAAGCCUGGGAGCUGCAUUAUUCUUAGUGGUUGUGGUUAUUUGUUUAGCGCUCUUGAUAACAUUUGUUCGAUUUAAACCAGCUCCUAUUUGUGAAAGUAAAACUCCGAAUACUAUAGAACGAGUAGUGUCUGGGAAUGAAGUACAUCCAACUCCGACGGAUAGACCGCAUGUUGCUGUCUUGGCUAAUAGACAGGAAUCUACGAAUUAUAAUGAUCAAAAGUGCAAUCCCGUAUCAAAACCUCCAAGAGCCAACGAUAUACCUUACACCACAAAUCACUACGAAGGUAGAGGAAGUGUCGUUACCGCUGGUGGACCUGUAGUAGUAUCGCCAACAGUCUCUGGGAGUAUUGACCCCGAUCUCAUCAAUGACACGAGGCCAGACACUAGUGUGCGACCUGGAAGCGGCGAAUAUGCACGAGAAGGAUCUGAUUCGCUAUAUCCUUCUGGUCUUUGGGAUCAAAUGAAAAUGAAUCAGGCAAAUAACCUAUCAAGGGCAAUCAGCUCGGCCAUACCUGCAUAUUAUAAUGACCGUACGCCCAUAAUAGAAAACUGUAGCGUGAAUGGAUCACAGGAGGAGUUGGGUUAUAUGAGUCGUACGUUUCCACGGUCACAUGCUAUGACAACGGCGCCAGCAGUAGAUGCUCCUUACCCGCCAGACUAUGGGCUGCCAGUGGGCGGAGCACGAACUCUUCGUGUUUGGCAAAGGGCCCCACCGGUGUUGCCACCAGUUUCGGCGCUCAAGCGAGUACUCACUAUUACCAGGCCUGCCGCAGAUGACGGCUUUCAGGAUGGCUGCGCAACGGAUGUUUGAAGGCCCUAUUGUUACAUAUCUAGAUGGCAUGUCAUAUAUUGUACAUUGUUGUAUUCUUUAAGUUAGAAAUCGUCUAUACGUACGUACGAUAUGUGUAAUUUAUACCUACACAGGUUGUUAGUGUAAUAUUUUUUGUAUUAUAUAAUUUAUUUAGAUAAUGGAAGGUAACAUUGGAUCCCAUCGGGAAGGAUCCACGACUGAUUAGUUGAACGAUGUAAGUGUAAAAUAAGACGUGAUAUGGAAGGUAUUGUUUAUGAUCGCCAAAUUAUUUAAAUUAUGUACUGAUUAUAAAAUAUAUUAUCAUGAUUGUUAAAGUUCAAGUAAGAUGUUACAAUAAAAAUAAUAAUAUUUACAGUAUAAGAGAAAUACAUGCAUUAGUAUCCAAAGAUAUCCAAAUGCCCUUAAUGAAAGUAAUAUAAAGUUAUGUUAUUGAUAUUGUAAUGCACGAUCAAUGUUAAUUGAUGUACGAUAAUAA